AAGAUGUUUCGGAUAGAGAUACUUGACAAGUCGGCUCAUCCUUGCUUUAUAUAUAAGUACACUCUCAGUGCUUUCUUUGAAACCAAAAGAUAAAUUAUCAUCAAGCUACCAAGGUACGUUAAGACUUUCAGUGCAUUAAUUCUUGCGCACAUCCAGUUGUUUUUGGCGUAUGCAUUAGUUUGAUUCUGUUGAAACCGUGUUUCUAGGGUUUUGUUGUCAAGCAUCUUCUAACUGAUCCAGAAGGAUUUAAUAUGGCUCAUCCAAGGGACUUAAAGUUCUCUCCGAUUGACCAGAAUUUGGUGGGGUAUUAUCUACGCAACAGAGUGGAUACAGGAAAAGAUGGUUUCAUCACAGAUAUCAAACUUUAUGAAGACGAGCCGUGGCUUCUUCCGCACGUCAAGAAUGAUCAAUUCAAAGAGAACAUGUGGUUUUACUUUGUUCUAAGGACACGUAAUUUGGGGAGCAGGCCCAAACGCACGGUUCCCGGUAGAGGAAGCAGUAACGGCGGAACUUGGACGACAAGUGGCGUAAAGAAGGCGAUCACUGACCGUAACAACCCCAAGGUUGUGAUCGGAUACAAAACAGAACUCGCGUACCACAAGAAAGUCAAGGGAAAGCUUAAAGGAGACACCACUGGUUGGUGUAUGACGGAGUAUUGGCUUGCAAGUGAGAACGAUGCUCAGUUCCAAGAAGUAGUCUUGUGUCAUCUCCGUGACAAUAACAAGAUGGUCGUUGACGAGAGCAAAAACGGAGACAAUGACAUCGCCACAGAGCAGCCUCAACAAGGGAACAGCGAUGACAACAACAAUAGACUCCUUGACUUCACUCAUCAACAGCGGCCACUGAUUCCUCCUUUUGAAGGACAGGGAUUGAGACUUCAAACCAUUAUGGGAUAUUCUGAUAAGGCCACUCAAGAACAACAACAUCCACCGAUUUCUCCUCCUCCUCAACGUCAAGAUUCCGGAAGCAUAAACAACGCACUUGUAAUCAUGGAAGAUGAGUGUGUUAGCCAAGAUGAAAUAUUCAAUCUAGCUGACCUGGAAGCCGGCAUCACUCAUCCACAACAACAACAUCGUCAGAUGAUGGUGGAUCCUUAUGAUGAUAUAUCUUUCUCAAGAUUGGCAAUGCCGAACAACCUGAUUUACCAUCAUGAAGACUCAUGGCAUCAAGAUACCUCUCCAUGGAACAACACCAAUCCUCGUGGACUCAUAUUCAAUUCUCAUGGAUGUGAGAUCCAAGAUCAAACUGUCACCAAGGGACACAAUCAAGAUUCAUAUUAUUAGCCGACAUUUUCUUCUGAUGCAACACAA